AUGAUGAGUGUCAUGUCUUGUGCAUACUCAACAGAACCGUCUAAUAAAAUAUUCAGUGGUGCUAGAGAUAGGUAUAAUGGCAUCACAAUUGACUCCAAGACAGAGAAAUUCAAUGAGAAAAAGUUCACUGAAAAUCUUGAUGAUUCAUUAUCAAAAUGGGCAUUGCAAGGGUACAGAUGCAUAUGGUUUAAGGUGAACAUUAAGGAUGCCUUCUGUGUACCAAUACUAGCACAAAAAGGCUUUAAUUUUCAUCAUGCAAGAGAUGAUUUUGUGAUGAUGUACAAAUGGCUGCCUGGAGACUCCAUGCCGAAUCUUCCUCCUUCUUGCCAUACAAACCUUGGUGUGGGUGCCAUGGUGUUCAAUGACAAGGAUGAUCUGCUGGCUGUAUCUGAGAAGCACUAUGAAUAUCCUCACUGGAAGCUUCCUGGAGGCUAUGUUGAGAGGGGUGAAGAUAUAAUAGACGCUGCCGUGAGAGAGGUGAAAGAAGAGACAGGAGUGGACGCCAAAUUUGAAUCUCUUGUUACUUUCCGGCACACACACAACAUGAUGUUUGAGAACUCAGAUAUUUACGUCAUUCUUAUGAUGAAAGCUAUCACAGAUAAAUUAACACCAUCCCUGAGAGAAGUGAAUCGCUGUCAGUGGAUGAAAGUAGAAGAUUACAUCACCCAUCCACAUGUCCAUCAGUUUAAUAGAUUCAUUGUAGAAACAGCCUUAGAAUAUAAAAGACGAAAUUUAAAACUUAACAUACAGAAAAGGACAGUUCGAUGGACAGCUAAUUAUGCAAGGGACACAAACUUUCUUCUUGUAGAAGAGUUUAAAUAGAUGCAGUAAAUUAAAUUAUGUGAUAUUUAUUUAAUGUACAUAAUGUGAAUAUGUAAAUGAAUAUAACAUAAGAAUCAAAUAAUAACCAUCGUUUGUUUGUCAAUAUUUUUUAUUU